GGGACAGACUCACAGGAAAUCAGUGAGAAUGCAAAUACAAAGUGCGUGUGGGAGUGAGACACACAGAGGGAGAGGGAAAUGUCUGGCCUGAGCUGUAACAAAAGCCACAAGAUUGCAGGCAUGGAGCGGCAGGCUGCACAGGUCCGGGGAGGAUAAUUGAACUUAUAGGGAUCAGAGUGGGGAGCGGAGGACACAUCUGCUCCGGCCAGGAUCACCAUCACACACCUUGUCUGGAGAUCCACAAUGUUUUCCAUGAAACAAGCCAAGCCUACGUUCAGAUCGUACCUUCUGCCUCCACAGCAUGAAGAUAAACUCAGCCCAGAGACCAAGAUCAAGAAGCUGAAGCCGAUCCUGCUGCCAGGUGAAAUCGUUGUGAAUGAAGUGAACUUUGUCAGAAAGUGCAUUGCAUCAGAUACAAGUGUCUAUGAUCUGUGGGGAAAACUGGUGUGCACCAACUUCAAGCUUUCCUUCAUUACAGAUAACCCUGUGCCAUUUCAGAAAUUCCACUAUAAGAACCUGCUAUUGGGUGAACAUGAUGUUCCACUAACGUGUAUAGAGCAAAUUGUUGUAGUAAAUGACACAAAGAAAAAACAGAAGAUCCUUUCAUUUAACAAAAAGCUGAAAUUCAACCCAACAGAGUUAAUAAUUUAUUGCAAAGAUUUCCGCAUUCUUCGCUUUCGCUUUGACGAAUCUGGUCCUGAAAGUGCAAAAAAGGUAUGUCUUGCAUUAGCACAUUAUUCUCAGCCUACCGACCUCCAGCUUCUUUUUGCCUUCGAGUAUGUUGCAAAGAUGUAUCACAAUCCAGUAGAUAAAGCCAAUGGUGUUGAUCCAGGAGGUGGCACAGAUAACUGCUCAAAGACUCCACUAUUUGAAACCUUCUGUGACUGGGAUCGAGAGAUUAAGAGAACCCGAGCCACUGAUUGGAGAGUGUGUUCUGUAAACGAGGGCUACAUGAUCUCCAAAUGCCUUCCAGAAUACUUUGUUGUCCCUUCCUCUUUGGCAGAUACAGAUCUAAAGCAGUAUUCAUACUCAUUUUUUGGAAGACGCAUGCCACUGUGGUGCUGGAACCAUUCUAAUGGAAGUGCGCUUGUGAGGAUGGCGAGCAUUAAGGACCUGUUACAUCAACGCAAAAUAGACCAAAGGGUGUGUGGUGGAAUCACCCGUAGUCACCCACUGAGGAGUGAUGUUUACAAAUGUGACCUAGAUCAUGGCCUCCCAACCACCCAGGACAUUCAAGCUGCUUUCAACAAGCUCAAACAAUUGUGUGUUAACGAACCAUAUGAAGAAACAGAGGAGCGGUGGUAUUCAUCCCUGGAAAACACCCGAUGGCUGGAGUAUGUCAGAGUGUUUCUGAAGCAAGCAGCUGAGCUGGUGUAUGUCAUGGAUUCCAGGAGACUUUCUGUUGUCAUUCAAGAGGAGGAAGGUCGGGACCUCAGUUGCUUGGUGGCCUCUCUUGUCCAGCUGAUGUCGGACCCGUAUUUCCGGACCAUUGUUGGCUUUCAGAGUCUUAUACAGAAGGAGUGGGUCAUGGCUGGGUAUCCAUUCCUUGAUAGGAGCAAUCACUUGAAAAAAUCUGACAAGGAGUGUCCCCUAUUUGUGCUAUUCCUGGACUGCGUUUGGCAGCUACAAGAGCAAUACCCAGCAGCUUUCCAGUUUACAGAGACCUAUUUAACUGUGUUACAUGACAGCACAUGCAUCUCACUCUUUGGAACAUUUCUCUUCAACUGUCCACACCAGCGUGUCCAGCAGAGUACGGAAUUUGCGAUAGGCAAAAACAUUCAACUGGGGGAUGAAAAAGGCCUGAAGUUCCCCUCUGUAUGGAACUGGUCUCUGCAGUUUUCAGCAAAGGAUCGCUCUCUGUUCAAUAACCCCUUGUACAUUGGAAAGAGUGUCCCCAGUGUUCAGAAUGGAAAUUACAAGUUUUCUAAAAGGACAAAGAAAAACUACAGUUCUACGUUACGGGGGAUGCCAGUUUCCCUGAAGAAUGGUAUUCUUCCCCAACCAGAGAUCAUGCCACGUAGGAACUCCUUGAUCUUGAGGCUGAAGCCUGAACUUGUUCACCAUGUGCCAGAAAUCCAGAACAAUGGACUAGAACAUUAUAUUAGAGACUGGUUUUCUAAGCCAGUAGAUCUGCAUGGAGUUUUGUUACCGAAGUUAAAUGGGCCAGACCUAAGACUGUGGAAGCUCUGCUACCUUCGAUGGGUUCCUGAGGCUCAAAUUAACCAUGGUGGCUUCAUCACUGCUUUCCAUAAAAUUUCCCUACUGGCAGAUGAAAUUGAAAUGCUGCAGACAAGCCUCCGUCAGUACCGAUCCUACCCAUUGUCCCAGGCCACUUCCCCAGAAAGCGAACAAAGCAGAAUGUUUUUUCGAGCUGAUGACUUGCACAGUAGCUACGAAAGUUUGGACUUCCUCUCUUCCUCUUUCCCGUUCUCUCCAGUCGGGAAUUUGUGCCGCCGCAGUAUACUGGGGACUCCUUUAAGCAAGUUUUUAAAUGGUGCCAAAAUUUGGCUUUCCACAGAAACACUUGCCAAUGAGGACUGAGGAAUAUCCCACUGGUAGCUUAGGUAACCAAGUGCUGCAUUUUUUUUCCUUUAGCCAGACACUGAUGAAUUUUUUUUUUUUUUUGCACAUA